AGCCCCCGGCGCCCGCCAGCUUCUGAGAGAGCCCCCCUCCAGGAACCCGCCGCGGUUCCCCUCCCUGGGGCUCGCUCACUCGCUCGCCCGCCCAGCCUGCCUGCGCUGCACAUGCAGUCAGCCUCUCACACGCGCGGAGAGAGAGAGAGAGGGAGAGAGAGAGAGGGUGAGGGAGGGAGAGAGAGAGAGCGCCAGACUGCUACGCCCCGACCGUUGGCUCGGCUGCCUGCUCUGUUCCACUGAAGCGCGUGGGCCGCGAGCCGUCUGAGCCAUGCUGAAGGGAGGGGCCGCCGCCAAGGGGGGCCUCCCCAAACCGGGCCUCCAGGAGAGGGCCCGGCUGCCGUCCGCCACCUCCGCCACGGGCAUGAAGAGCUCCAGGUCCUCCAGCACGCUGUCCACGGACCUGCGCCUGAGCAGGCUGAAGAGGGCGAGCAGUGAUGAUGCUCUGGCUAAGCCAGGUCUGGGAGCAGCGUCGGGGUCGCGCUUGAAGAAGACCGUCACCACAGGGGCCAUCUCUGAACUGGCAGACUCCCGGCCUCGCAGCCUGAGCGGGGUCCCGUCGGCCAAGAAGUCCGGGAUCCCCGCCCCCAGAGACAUGGCCCCCGCCAUAACCAGAGACAGGGUCUCCCUGCGAGAUCAGCUGCGCUCGGCGGGCCCCAAGAAGAUGAUCCCCAGCGCCAGUGCCUCGGGGCUCUCCUCGCUGGCCAAGCACCCCCGCGCCGCCCCCCACAAGCCCAGAGCGGACGGCGAGGCCGGCGGGGACAAGGCCCUGCUGGAGUGCCAGGUCAAGGAGCUGCUGGCCGAGGCCAAGGCCAAGGAGUUCGAGAUCAGCAAGCUGCGCACCGAGCUGCAGCGCUGCCGGGGCCGGGCCCCGCCCGACGCCGGGUCCCCCGAGGGGCCCCCCGAGGCGGCCGGGGCGCUGCUGGAGGCGCAGCCGGCCGAGGUGCGGGCGCUGGUGGGCUCGCUGCGCGAGAAGAACGGGCGCUUCCAGCGGGAGCUGGCCGCCCUGCGGGAGGAGAACCAGGCCCUGAAGGAGAAGCUGCUGUCGCUGGAGCGCUCCCCUCUCUCCGGCGCCUCCUCCCCCGCCUCCCCGGCCAGCCCCGCCGAGCCCUCGCUCAACGGGGUGCUCCCGGACGCCGCCAACGGCGACGGCCCGCUCAAGGGCUCCGCCUCCUCCGGCAGCGACGUCACCAAGGGCUCCCCGUCGCCCGACUCCUCCGAGUUCGAGAAGAUCCCUUCCAGGUCCGACUCGGCCAGCAGCGGGGCGGGGGGGCCGGGCCGGGGCGCCGGGGGCGACGGGCGGCGCUCGCUGGGGGGGCGGGACCUGUCGGUGGAGUGCCUGACGGAGCAGAUCCAGAAGAUGGAGGAGAGCCACCACAGCACGGCGGAGGAGCUCCAGGCCACCCUGCAGGAGCUCUCCGACCAGCAGCAGGUGGUGCAGGAGCUGACGGCGGAGAACGAGCGCCUGGCCGAGGAGAAGGGCCUCCUGCAGACCUCCCUGCAGCAGCAGCGCGAGCGCGUGGAGCUCCUGGCCCAGAAGAACGAGGCCCUGCUCGCCCGCCUCCAGGAGCAGGCCAAGAGCGAGGAGGCGGAGGCCCGGGCGGCCAGGGCCGCCGAGCUGGAGCAGCGCUGCGGCGAGCUGGUGGAGAGCUCGCGCUUCGAGAGGGAGAAGCUGGUGGACAUCCAGCAGCAGCUGUCCGGCAGCCUCAGGGCCCUGGAGAAGGAGCACCAGGAGGCGCAGGCGCUGGUCCGGACCCUGAGGGAGGAGAAGGAGCUCCUCCAGGGCCGGCUGGCGAAGGAGCAGGAGGCCGGCGGGGAGGCCGGCCGGGCCCUGGAGGAGCAGCGGGCCUCCGGGGAGGCGCUGCGGGCGGAGAACGGGCGGCUGCGGGCGCAGGUGGAGGCGGAGCGGCAGAAGGUGCAGGAGCUGAAGGCCAUGCAGAGCGCCAGCGACAGCACGGAGCUGCAGGGCCUGCUCAAGGCCGCCCACGCCGACAAGGAGCGGCUGGAGCUGGGCUGCAGCGAGCUGAGGCAGGAGCUGGCGCAGGCGGCCGCCGAGACCGAGCGCGUGCAGGGGCUACUCGCCAAGGUGGGUCCCAGCACGCCCCUCAUCUGGGCACCAUCAUACCAGAGCUUUGGACAGUUCCAUUUCAAUUCAGCCAGUCGCAAAUGUGUGCCUGCAGAUAAAGUCAGGAAGCUGGAGGAGCAGAAGUUUGAACUGGAGAGGCAGCUGAAAGCUCUGAGCAAGCAGAUGAAGGACGAGACGGCGGAGUGGCUGCGCUUCCAGGCCGACCUGCAGACGGCCGUGGUGGUGGCCAACGACAUCAAGGUGGAGGCGCAGCAGGAGCUGCGGGCGCUCCGCCGGCGUCUGCAGGAGGAGCAGGAGCACAGCGCCAAGCUGGCGGGGGAGCUGGAGCAGCUGCAGGGGAGCAGGUCCAGGGGCGAGGAGGCCGGCUCCUCGGACGCGGACGGCGCCCCCCACUGGUGCGGGAUCUCCAUGAGCCAGGCCCCGCCCUCCGUCGCCGCAGAGCCGGGAGCCACCGUCAAGUCCCUCAUCAAGUCCUUCGACUCGGCCGUGCAGAGUGGGCCUGGGCACACGGUGCAGGUGCACUCCGUCCCCAGGAGCCCCCUGAGCGGCAUCCCCGUCCGCACCGCCCCCGCCGCCGCCGUCUCCCCCAUUCAGAGGCUGUCGUCCAUCAAGCCGCUUUCUAAAACUCUGGAGAAGAGAAUCAGCCACGGAGAUUUCUCUCAUCCAGACAGGCUGUCGGGCCCGGGGGAGGAGCUAAAGCCCAGCAGCCUCAUGAGGAAGAGCCCCUCCCUGGAGUCCGUCAUCAAGACCCCCGCCACCCUGAGCAGCCGCACCUCCUCCUACCCCAAGGCCAACAGCAAGCUCAGUGUGGAAAGAAGAGACCCCUUGGCCGCCCUGGCUCGGGAGUACGGAGGAUCUAAGAGGAACGCUCUUCUGAAGUGGUGCCAGAAGAAAACAGAGGGCUAUCCGAACAUUGACGUGACCAACUUCAGCAGUAGCUGGAGUGACGGCCUGGCGUUCUGUGCCCUCCUGCAUACCUACCUGCCCGCGCACAUCCCCUACCAGGAGCUCAUCAGCCAGGACAAGAAUAGGAACUUAACCCUGGCCUUUCAAGCAGCCGAGAGUGUGGGCAUCAAGCCUUCCCUGGAUAUCAGUGAGAUGAUGCACACGGACAGGCCGGACUGGCAGAGCGUCAUGCAGUAUGUCUCCCAGAUCUACAAGUAUUUUGAGACCUGACCAGAGGAGGAGUGCACAAGCACAGCUGCACUUUGAGCCCAGACUGUAAGACCCCCGCGACCUCCGACCUCUGACCCAUCCUCCAGCUCACCUUCAUCUCCUGUUCUCUCAAUCCUUUUUGGAAGCUUGCGUUCCGUUUGAGUUCUUAGGGUUACGAUAUUUUUUUUGCACACGUGAUUUACCAACAGUCAACAAUAAGAGACUUUGAGUUGAAAUACUUAAUACAGCAUAAACAACACUAGCUCCACACACACACAAAAAAAACAUUUUAUGCUACUCACUAUUUUGUGGAAAUAUGAAGACAUUGUGUUUCCAGUGUUUGAACACUAACCCAGCUUCACUGAUCGUCUCUCACGAGAAAAAAAUAUAUUUAUUUAUACAACAUAUUGUAUUGUUCCAGAAUGUUUCAAAUUAUUCUGCUAUGAAUGAUGCAGGUCCUGAAUAUCAGUUUUUUUUUGUAUUUGCUUUUGAGUUUUUGGCUUGAGAAGUUAAAGCCACUACUGGACUUCAGAUGGGAUUGUUGAUAAUAAAGGCUUUUGUCCAACAUCAAA